AAAAAAAAAAAAAAAAAAAAAAAAGAGGGCAGAGCCAAACGAUCGGCGACGAAGCAGACGGUGAUUAUAUUGAAGAGAAACUGUUAUCUGGGUUUUGAAUUUCAGCCGAAAGGGUACCGAUCGACGGACAGAAGUUGAAAACUUUCCAAUCUUUUGAUGAAGAUCGAGUUUGGGUAUCAUCAAUCUGUGUAUGCAGCGACCGAUCAUCGGCAUCUUUAAGAGAACGAAACUAGGGUUUAAUCCGUGAUCUUGCCGUCGGAUUUGCGGGUUUUUCCGUGUGAAAAAGGAUGCAGAGAGUUAGGGUUUCUUCACAGAGAGGAGCUGUCCACAAGCUUGGUGAUUCUCAGAUGACAUUAUCUCCUAAAUUUAGGUUAGCCAUGGCGUCUCCAUCGACUUUGCUGGACACUUCACUGGAAUUAGAACUCUCCCUGAAAGGCGAACCCCUAAUCCCGGGCCUCCCCGACGAUAUCGCCCUGAAUUGCCUCCUUCGGGUCCCCGUCUCGAGCCAUUUAUCGUGUCGAGCUGUGUGCAGGAGAUGGCAUUUCUUGUUCUGGACGAAAGAAUCGUUCUUCACCCGGCGGAAGGAGCUCGGGUUUAACGAUCCAUGGCUGUUCGUCUUCGCUUUUCAACGGUGCACGGGCAAGAUCCAUUGGAAGGUUCUAGAUUUACGACAUCUUACUUGGCAUGAGAUCCCUCCGAUGCCCUGUAAGGACAAGGUCUGUCCUCACGGAUCGAGAUCGGUCUCGAUGCCGCGGGAAGGUACUCUCUUUGUCUGCGGCGGAGUGGUAUCCGACAUGGAUUGCCCUCUCGAUUUGGUGGUUAAGUAUGAAAUGGACAGAAACCGGUGGACUGUCUUGGACAGUAUGCUGACUCCGAGAUCAUUUUUUGCGAGCGGGGUGAUCGACGGGAUGAUAUACGUAGCGGGCGGGAACUCGGCUGAUCUAUUCGAGCUCGAUUCAGCCGAGGUUAUGGACCCUUCGGACGGGAAUUGGCACCCGAUUUCUCAGAUGGGCACGAACAUGGCCUCAUACGAUGCGGCUGUCCUGAACGGGAAGCUUCUCGUGACGGAAGGGUGGCUAUGGCCGUUCUUCGUCUCGCCUCGAGGUCAGGUUUACGACCCGAGAUCCGACAGCUGGGAAACCAUGGCGGUCGGGCUGAGGGAGGGCUGGACAGGGUCGAGCGUCGUCGUGUACGGACGGCUGUUCGUCGUGUCUGAGCUCGAGAGGAUGAAGCUGAAGGUUUAUGACUCGGAUUCUGACUCGUGGGAAACAAUCGAGGGGCCGGCAUUGCCGGAGCAGAUCUGUAAGCCCUUCGCCGUUAACUCUAACGGUAACAGAAUCUUCGUGGUUGGUCGGAAUCUCCACGUGGCGGUCGGGAAUAUCUCGCCGGCGGUGAAGAACGAUGAUGGCGGGAAGUUGGGUUUCAGCGUUUGGUGGGACGUUGUGGAGUCGCCGGAAAAGUUUUCCGAUCUGACGCCGUCGAGCUCUCAGAUCCUGUUUGCUUAGGAGACAAUGUCAUAUGAAUAAAAGAACAUACAAUGGUUGUAACUGUGUAUUCAUAUGUAUGAAUUAUGUGUAAUUGUGUGUUUAAAUACUCAAUAAUCAAUGUAUUAAUAUUCGCAAAUUA